GUGAUUUGUGGCGCGUCCAUCCUAGUUUUUAAAUCGAAGUGUCUUGUCGAUGGCGCAUUUUUACCACGUGACUACCCAGCGUCCUACUGCUGUGGUAAAAACGUGUACAGGCCAUUUUACUAGUCCAAAUGAUCUCAAUUUACUGAUAUGCAAAAACACAUAUGUUGAAGUUUUCGAAGUUACAUGUGAAGGCUUGAAAUUGAUUCGAGAUGUGCCUAUUAAUGCUAAAAUCGUUGCUGCUAGUCUGUUUAGACGAAAAGAUCGUGAAACAGACUCGUUAUUUUUACUCACUCACAAAGCUGGCGUCGCUAUCAUUGAGUGUGUACGAAACAAUGAUUCAGUGGAGUUUGUCACUGUCGCCUCUGGAAGUGUAGAAGAUAGAAGUGCACGAAUAAUCGACCAGGGUUUCGACGUUUUAAUCGACCCUGGUGCCAACUAUAUUGUUGUGCGACUAUAUCAUGGGCUUUUGAAAAUUAUAUUACUUCAGUGUAUUGGCGAAAAAAUAGGCACUGAUUUUAUAGAUACAAAUCAGUGGACUGUAAAUACAUACAGCGUGAGAAUAGAGGAGGGUAACAUUGUUGAUAUGGCCUUCAUAUAUGGCUAUAGUUUACCAACAUUUGCUAUGAUUUAUGAAGAUGAGCUUGUGUUGCAUAUGAAGACUUAUGAAAUAUAUGGACGGGAGCCCGUACUUCGCAAUGUUCAACUGACCUUAGAUUCUAUAGAACCGGAUUCUAAACUUCUUAUUCCAGUUCCGAAACCUUAUGGAGGCGUUAUUUUAGUCGGCGACAAUAUUAUAUGUUAUCAUACCAAAGACGGACCCCAUAUAUCUCAAUACAUUCCACAAGCAAAGGCCAGCCAAGUAUUGUGUUACGCUGCUGUCGAUGCACAACGUUAUUUGCUAGGUGAUAUGGCUGGACGCUUGUACAUGGUACAUUUACUCUCCGAAGAUAUUUCUGCUGCCACGAACAAUGGUACAAGUAACUCUGAUAGUCUUUCAGCAGUUCGAAUUGGUUCUAUCCGAAUUGAACUUCUUGGAGAAACUGCGACACCUGAAUCUAUAGCCUACCUAGACAAUGGAGUUGUGUUUAUUGGCUCAACACUUGGGGACUCACAGCUAAUUCGUUUAAAUCCUGACCCAGAUCCUGAGCGUAAUAGCUAUAUAACUAUUUUAGAAACAUAUACAAAUAUUGGACCGAUAGUUGACAUGGUCUUAUUAGAAACAAAAGGUCAGAAUCAGUUGAUCACUUGCUCAGGAGCUUAUAAAGAAGGAAGUUUACGUGUUAUACGCAAUGGAAUUGGAAUUCACGAACAUGCUACUAUUGAUCAAGAUCUAAUUAAAGGUGCUUGGUGCUUCCCCAUUGAAUCAGAUCGUUUCGAUGAUACAAUUGUAGUAUCUAUGGUUGGUCAGACCCAACUUCUUCACCUUGCCGAUGAUGAUAUUACAGCUCUACACUUGGAAGGUUUUAAGACUGAUGAACAAACUGUUUAUUGUGCCACACUAUCACCUGCUAAUGAUUCACCUAGGCCAGAAUCUUUGAUGAUUGACGAGAAUAAUAAUACGUUAGAUCCUUUACUGUUACAAGCAACAACAAGUGGCUUACGCCUAAUUGGUAUUCAGUCACUUUGUAGCAAAGGUUGUUUAACAGAAUGGAAACCACCAACUGGACGUGGAAUCUCUUGUCUUAGCUCAUUUUGUCAUACUAUUGUUGUAGCAAGUGGAACAGAAUUGUAUGUUUUAAAAGUAGUUGGAGAAUCGAAUAAUCCAAAAUUUGAACAAGUCUCACAUAGACAAAUGUCUCAUGAAGUGGCUUGUAUUGAUCUAACUCCCUUUAAUCGUGAUCGUGCAAUCGCAGCUAUUAAUGCAGUUUCAUCAAAUCAUCUAGAUUCAACUUCAUCUUCUACUCUUGAUAAAUCUGUACCAUAUUUAGUUGCAGUCGGUUUAUGGUUAGGACAUGGUCUCGCUUUACUUAAACUUCCUAAUUUAGAACUUGUCCAUGAAGAACCCUUACCGGAGACAACAGCAUCAACUGGCACAGCCCUAUUACCACGUUCUGUAUUGAUUGCUCAGUUGGAGGAUAUAGCUUAUUUGUUUGCUGCAAUGGGUGAUGGUACUCUAUACUUUUAUACAAUUGAUCCUUCAGAAGAUCAUGUUUGUUUACGUGAUCCCAAGCGUGUCAGUGCAGGCACUGGACCUUCAAUGUUUCUUAGACAAUGGCGUUCACAACGUAAAGUGAACGUAUUUGUUUGCUCAAAUCAUCCUUGUGUAAUAUAUUCAAUUAAAAAUAAAUUAAUAUUUGCCAAUUUGAACUUGAAAGAAGUGAAUUUUAUGACUCCAUUAAAUGGAUUAUUUUAUAGUGACUGCAUUGCACUGGUUACUCCAACAGCACUCAUCAUUGGAUCAGUGGAUGAAAUUCAAAAACUCCACGUAAGAACUCUGCCUUUAGAGGAAACACCGAAACGUCUUGCAUUACAGUCAGAAACCAGCAGCUUAGGUGUUAUUACAUAUCGUCAAGAAAUGUUUCAAGAAGGUAUGGGAUUCAAACCUGUUCGUUCAUCGAUAUCUCUAUCACAAAAAAUUCCCAAAUCAGCUAGCCGACUUCCAAAGACUGCACCAUCUUCUGUCUCUGCUACUGAACGAAAGUUCCGUGAAAUUGAAGUUUCAUCUCUGCUUAUAUUCAAUCAAUCUAAUUUGGAAAUUCAAUUUGCUCAUAAUUUUUACUUCAGUCAAACACUAGUUGAAGUAGCUGUCAGUAUAGCUUCUGUUCAAUCUGAUAUUCAUAAUGGACCAUUGUUUGCUGUAGGCACUGCUUUCCUUGUAGAAGAUGAAGUUGAACCAUCUAAAGGACGAAUUCAUUUAUUCCGUUGGGAUCCUGAAUCUUCUAGAUUGGACACAGUUCUAGUACAUGAUGUAAAUGGUUCUGUUUAUCGAAUAGUGGAUUUUAAUGGUCGUCUACUAGCUGCUAUCAAUAGUUCAGUACGACUUUUUGAUAUUAAAGAAGAUUCUUUACGAUUAGCUUGUAGUUUCAAUGAGAAUAUCAUCGUGCUUUUUCUUCGUCGUAAAGGUGAUUUUGUUCUUGUCGGUGAUUUAAUGCGUUCAUUAACAUUGUUACUAUUCAAAUCAAAUGUGAAUAACUUUGAAGCUAUUGGACGACAUCGUCAUCCUCGUUGGACAACAUGUAUUGAAAUCCUUGACGAUGAACAUUUUCUUGCUGCAGAAGUAGAAAAUAAUCUUUUCGUCGUUUCAAGGGAUCUACCAGAAAAUACUAAAGAACCAAGUUUUCGUGCUUUAUUAUCAUCAUCGAGUGACUCAUGCGUUUUACCAUCAUUAUCCAAUCAACUACAAUCCAAUAAUGCUUCAUCAUCAAAGACCACCGGAUUAUCAACUCAACCUGAUAAUACUACUAAUGAUAAUAUUGCUGCCUCUAGCACUAGUUCUAAUACAACUUCUAUGAGUUCAAUAUCAUCAGUAGCAGAGGGUCGAAGUAGUAGUACACAAUCAACUCGUCAUUUCCUUGAUUCUCGUCUAACUGGCAGUAAACCAAAUUCUAGUGGUGUAUCUGGUGAAAUGCAACGUCUAGUUGAUUGUGCUUAUUUUCAUACAGGAGAUUUUGUCAAUGUCUUUGUACGUGGUAAGUAUUUUUUUAUUAUGCAACAUUUUACCAAUCCAAUUGAUUCAUUACUCAACUUUCAAUUAUGAAGUGAAAUGGUUUUCACAACCAAGUAGCAUUUUUAUUAAUCUGAAACCUAUUAUGGCAACAUGUACUAAAUUAACCAGUUGUACUUUCAAAAAGAAAUUCAUUAGUUGGACCUACUUUUCCCUUACCUGAUUGAGUAAUGCUACAAUGUGUUUUACCAGUUAAACUUUUGAUUUCAGGUUACUUUUCAACAUCUAUUAAUUUCUCAGUCUUUCUGGGUCAUUCGAAGUGUACAUAUAUUGUGUCAUUUUUUGUCGGAUUAGUGGCCUAAUAAUCAUUGCAUUAUUUUCGGAUGUCAGAACUGUUUUGCUGAACUGAAAUCAUCUCUAAAGUUGUAUGAUAGACGACAUACACUUCUUAAUUUUAUGAAUAUAUUGAAAAUCCUGGUACAAAACACCUCAGAGUAAUAGGACAUACUGUUUUGGUAAAAUAAAAACCAAUAGUUUAAGUUAGUCUGCACCACAUUUGGCACGAUCUUAAUUUCAUUGUGCUGAUGAUGAAAUCUUAACCGAUUUCUGUUGUAACCCAGGCUUCAUCCCAACUUUAAUCAUCAAUACAUUAAUAAUCAUGUUAUGUCAAUCAAAGUGAUUACUAAUUAAUUUGAUAAUCUUUAUAAAUAUGGCAAUGUAGAUUAUUUGUAUUAUUUCCGUUAACAUUCAUAUCUGUUAUUAGACAUUGAAAAUUAAAUUAUCCCGACAACUGAACUCAUGUAUUAUUCUAGUGUUUCGCUAGAGGAACAUUUUCGAGGUACUCAUCAAAAUGUCACUUGAAUUACAAAGUUUAAAUAUGUAUUGAAUCAUCUUCAUUAAUUGUUUAUAUUAUCUAGGAAUGAGUAAAAAUCUCUAGUUCUUAUCACUUGAAGCUAUUCUCCUUUAGCUUGCCUGAAUCAUAUUUGGUACCUCUGUUGUCCCCAUUGAGAGUUUCUGCCAGCAAGUAAUUGUUGUAUAUAACUGAACUGACCAAUUUAAUUUUGUAAAUUAAACAUGGAGUAACUCGUGUCGUAUAGCUGUUUCGGUUUGGGAACCCGGGCAGUAUUAUAGCCCACACAAAUCAAAUAACUUGUGUGGCACAUAUGUAUUAGGUACCCUUUUGUAGCAAUAUUUAUUUGUUCAAAUAAAUAAUAUAAUAAUAAAUGAAUCAAAAGAUAUACUUACUGUAGCUCGAAAUGAUGGAAGCUGGAUUUGAAGCUUACUGGAGGUAUCAAUACAGAUUCAGGUUUGUGUAAAUAGUAAAUCAUCGCAAACUUCGUCGCCACGUUCCAAUAAACAGUAUAAAAUCAUGUAAGACAUGCACUGUGGCUUGGAUUACUUUGAAUACUACAGAGAUUUAUGUUGUUAUAAUAUGACUACCUGCAUAACUUUUUAUUUGUGAAACCGUAAUGCGAAUUAAGUUUGAAAAUAUCUGCAAUAAUUUUUAACUACGUACGUUUUUUUAAAGGUAAUCUUGUGCUUCAGAAUGCUGAAGAACGUUGGACUGCUGUUAGUUAUCCUGGUCACCUUUACGGUACUGUUAACGGGGGUUUAGGGCUUCUUGUUCAAGUUUCUCCAGUUUUAUUUGCGUUUUUGAAAGAAGUCGAGUUUCGUUUAUCAAAUCUAGUUGUACCUGUUGGUGGAUUUUCACAUGAUACAUGGAGAGCUUUUAAAGCUGAUCGCGAAAUUAAGAUGGCGCAUAAUUUCGUAGAUGGUGAUCUCAUUGAAACAGUUACAGAUUUAAGCAUGGACGACAAGGCUAAAUUAGUCAAAGGUUUACGAAUACCGGUAUGUAACAUUCUUUUGGUUUGAUCAUUACAAUUUAUAUAAUUAUCAACACUAUUAUUUCAGUUACUUACUUACGCCCGUUACCCCUCAUGGAGGAGCAUAGGCAAACCAUCAGCAUUCUCUAUCCAACUUUAUCCUGGACAAUCCUUUCCAGUUACUAUUCGUCCCUCUGAUGUUUGCUUCCGAUUCCUGAUGUAGCGUGUUCUUUGGCCUUCCUCUUUUCCGUUUCCCUUCAGGAUUCCAAUUUAGGGCUUGCCUCGUGAUGCAGUUUGGUAAUUUCCCUCAAUAUAUUGUCCUAUCCACUUCCAACAUCUUUUCCUAAUCUCCUUUUCAACUGGAAGCUGAUUUGCUCUCACCCAUAAUAGGCUGUUGAUGAUGGUACAUGGACAUUCAGUAUCUUGUGUAGACAACUGUUUAUAAAUACUUGUAUCUUUUUGAUGCUGGUUUUGGUAGUUCUGGAAGUUUCAGCUCCGUACAUUAGGAAUGCCUUGACAUUCGUAUGGAAGAUUGUGACUUUGUUGUUUGGUUUAUAAACAGUUAUUUUGAGUUCCAUACGUUCUUGAGGUGUAGGAAUACAACCCUUACCUUUACUUGUGCAUCAGAUCCUCCUCGUUCGUCGAUGAUGCUGCUCGGGUAUGUGGAAGUUCCUACACCUUCCAGAGUUUCUCCAUCAAGUGUGAUUGGGUUGGUGUUCUUCAUGUUGUACUUGAGGAUCUGGGUUUUCCCUUUGUGUAUGUUGAUGUAUACUGCUGUAGAGAUUGUUGUUGCACUGUUCGUCUUGACCUGCAUUUGUUGGUGUGUAUGGGAUAGAAUAAUUAGGUUAUCUGCCAAGUCGAAAUCGUCUAUUUGCAUAUAAGUUGUCUAUUGUAUUCCGUACUUAUCGUGAAAUGGAGAGGUAUUCGUAACCCAGUCAAUGACCAGAAGAUAUAGAAAGAGUAAACAGUCUUGUUUGACUCCGGUCUUCACUUGGAAUGUAUCUGUGAUCUGUCCUCCAUGUACGACUUUGCAGUAUAGUCCGUUGUAUGGAAUCCGUAUUACUUCAGUGGACCUUUAUAUAAUUAGUGAAUUGCGUGUUGCUUCACUGAAGUGUUUCGACGUUGUCGUCGGCACUAGCAGCGUGACACUUUUUUAGACCUGGUUUGAUUUAUAUCAGCGCUAUUCUUCUGUGUUACUUUUUGUGCGAAAUUCAAUUACACUUUUUUGAGUACUACUACCACCGAUCUCAACUCUCAGUACAAACUGUUGUAGGUCGGAACAAAGGUAGAAGGGUCGAAGAGAGGUUUUAUCAAAAACUUGUGCUCUUCUGAGUCGUUGACGACCAACCAAAUCAAAUCUAAACUAGGCGUGCAGAAACAAUGGUUCUAACCUCUCAUCCUUCCUUGGUCCGAACUCCCUUUUGCGAAAGGAAAACUAUUUCAAUCUUUAACAUCAAGGUCCAGGUGAAUAUGCUCAGAAGACAUCACUGACAAAGAACUAUCCAACCUCCCACGUAUACUCACCAAUAAUGAGUGUCCAUCCACAAUUGUUGAGCGAAACACGAGACAUACCACAAUCUGCAAGACCUCAUGGAGUUCCUAACAAAUCAUUAACUGUUGUUUUGAAUCAUGUUGGCAGGAGCAGACUGCCGGUCGAGAUCGAUCAGGAACCUAUGUAAGUGACCAUGACUGGGAGAUUUCUACGCCUUUGAACCUUACAUACUGUUUGGGUUUUAGACAGUGUGUGAAUCUGCUUGGCAUUGGCAGACAUAUCAACCUCAAUCCGUUAGACGGUAUUGUGGGCCAAAUAUAGCAGCCAGAACAAACAUGUAGAAAUAAGGGACGCAAGCAUGUGGGAAUUAUACCAAAAACUCCCGGUAGAAACAGCAAGCCUAUCUGUUAAGAGUCAUUUCUCCUAGCGUAUAUGGAGGAGUCAAUGUAAUUGUUCUUGGGAAUGAAAUAGGAAUCCUUUAUAAUGGGAUGUAUUUAUGCGUGGGACGAAUUCGUUAUGCUGUCUAUUUACCUUCGAGGCUAAUAAGCAGAAUCUGAAUGUUAUUGUUGUUUGCAUUUUUUUAAGCGAAAUUUCGUAUUUUGCAGGUAAACAUGAAUGAAUUCGGAACUGCUGGUUCAACGUGUACUACUGAUCCUGAAACACGAGAGUGUACUGUGGAAGAUUUAGUCAAAGUUGUCGAAGAAAUGUCACGUCUUCAUUAGUAACCAAUGUGUAGCAAAGAAAUCAUACUGAAUAUUUAUAUCGAUUUAUUUAUAUUGAUGCAAUUGUUACCAUUCAUUGUCUUUACUUUUGCCUUUGAUGAUGAGAUCCGCUAGAUAUUUUUCCACCUAAUUAUCCCAAACAUUUUAAUUCUGUACAUGUUUCCUCUUUAAUAAUGCACUCUUUCAUUUGAUGUAACGCUCAUAUAAAUAUACUAAGAUAAAGUUUGUCAAAAUUUUGUCCCAUCCUUCACUACAUUGUUGGUGUUAGGAUACUGCUUAUAUUUCUUUAAAAAUCAAAUAUAUUGUUUACACC